UUUACCUCAGCCGUUACUCCGCGGAUUUCAAACAUUUUCAUUUUCGACCUGGCGACGGAGAGACGGACGAGUCGCUCCUGACGGUGGCGAUUCUACAUCUAUGCAGGUGGCGAUUCUACAUCUGCAGCAUGCGGCCGCUUCAAGCACAACGAGGAGUUUCUACCAAAAGCCAGCUGUUCAAUUCUUUGAAGGUGUAUCUCAACAACAAGAACAGACUGCAGCCCAUUAUUGGUCUCGACAGCAUUACAGAAUGCGUGAAGGCGGGUACGCAACACAACGAAUUGUUAUACCUAUGUGAAGUGUGCGUGUGUCGACUGAGUAAAGCCGACACGCGGAACCACAUUAUGGGAAGCCUCCACAGAUACAACUACAUUAAAGUCUGGCACCCCCGCUUAGUGUCUGAAUGGGAGGAGAAGUCUGACCUUUCUAAACUGGCCUGGCCACUGAUGGACAUGGCCAGGGUACUCGAGGGUGAGGAGGGACCCGGACAGGUCCAGUGGUUAGAGGUUGAAGAAGCUGUGUACCAGAUGAUGGCAACACACAGUGAGAAUGCAGCGGUUACUCUGGUAAGAAUCUUAAAAGAUGGGCAGGGCCGGGGUGAACCCGCCAGCUUUCUUGACAGCUACCCGGGAACUGAGCCUCUGAUCGGUCUUUUCCGCGUGGUUGAGUGUAGAAGCGAAGAAGGCCACACGUACUGUUUCUUAUGUCACUGCUGCCGCAUCCGAUCCAACAAAAAGGACAUCAUUGAUCACCUAACCAAAUCUUCCCAUCUUGCGAACUACUUGAUGGAAACUCAUCCGGACAAAGUCGGGGUAAUGAUUGCAGAUAUCAAUGCCAAUUAUCCACUUCUCCAAUCACUGGCUAAGAAAGUGGAGCAAGAAGAGGGCAGAGGAGAGCUGAAGGUGGUGAACGCACCAGGAUCCCUCUGUAACCUCCUGACUGGCAAAAGUUACCACUGGUGUAUAAAGAUCCUAUUUAACGGAUGGGCACACACUGACAUCAGGAAGCGGAAAAUAGCUGUUGAAGGGCCAAGUGAGAGCGGGACUUCCGACGAGGUGAUGCCCCAAAAAAAUGCUGCGCUGCAGUCCCAACGGCCCAAAACGUUGGCGGCUAAAAGGAAAGGGACUAACACUGUGUUCAGUGUAAGACUGCCUCUUACCAAAGGCUCGUUGCUGCUGGAGAGGAGCCCCUUCAACACGAACGACCCCGCUGCGUCGUCUACCUACUCCCCCUCACCCGACUGGGAUCUCACCCCCGUUCCACAGUCCCAGUGGGAGCGCUGUGAAUUGGACUAUCACGCGGGAUUGUUUGACGUCGACCCCACCCAACACACCUCGCGACCUCAGCGCGACCUCCGCGGUGGAGACGCAGCAUCCGGGCCAUACAUGGGUCCGGAAAGUAACUUUGAAUUCCCUCCGCAUCGAGACGUGGACGGGUAUCACAAGGGCAAUGAGUACUUCAGCCAGGCGGGAAACUUGGCUGUAUCAAAAUACCAAAAGGUUAAAAGGGAAGAUAAUCGCACCGGACGACGCGGUUAUCAAGAACGAUCGUGGCAGGAGUUUUACGACGGGCAUCAAAAUAGAGGGCCGCGGACUAAGUGGCCGUCCCCCGCUGUCCCCCACGCUCAAGUCUUGUCCCCUUGGAACUAUCACUGCGAACGAGAGGCGAGCCGCGCUGAGCAGUGGUACGAUUGGACCCCACAGAGCGGCGUCGGCACGACGGACGUUAGUCAGCGCUAUUGCUACCAACAACGUCCGUCGGCGACACAAGGUCACGCGGGUUUUCGCACGGGUCGAUCUGGGGAACCGGCUGCUCCUUCGGACGCUGCUUGGUUCAGCGUUCCUCCUUGGCAGGGGGAUCCCCUCGCUCACGGUGGCGGCGGUGCACCGCAUCCUGCUGUGCCGUUACUGGAGAGGGAACAGAGAUUCUACCCAACAUACAUGGGAGGUCACCAUUGGUCGUGAUUUGAUGAUUUCCGGGAGGUUACGUUCGUAUCUCCAAAGUUUAAUUCUGUUUUUGUUGCCACACGUCCCCUACUUAAGGUUUCCUCUAGAAUAACUGGUACCUGCCAGAGCCUCCAAAUGGGCAGAUGCUUUUCCAGUAGUGAAAAUCACCUUCAGAGCCUGGUGGAGGUCAUUAUGCAGCUUUGGCCCCUUUUCAUCUUUCACCUUUGGCCCCUUUUCAUCCUCAACAGUAUUUACAUGAGGGUUUUUUUGUGAAACCUUACUUUCUUUCAGAAAGUCAGAAUGUGAAAACACAUGAUGAACGAGUACCUCUAAACUGAAAUGGGCCAAGAUUGUGACAUAUUUGCUUGGAUGUACUUAUUUUUUUGUUUCUUUUGGACCGUUGUGUAAAUGCAACUGCAUUAUGUACGAGCUGUGUGUCUGACUAUCUUUUCAUUAAAGGUUUUGAUGAGGUAGUAUAUUUUCUCAGUUUAUUUUGUAUGACCUGUUAUCAUUAUCAGUUGAUAUUCUAUGGUUGGGUAAAACACUUAAUGUAAUGUCUGUGUUAAGGAAGCAGCAGCUACUAUGACAAUUCAAAUGUCCAAUGCUGAUGUGCAAACAUAUUUUCUAAAUGUCUAGUAAUUUGACAUGUGUAAUUGUAAAAUUGUAAGAUUUUAAACCAAAGUUGACAUUAUUACGGUUAUGGAAUGUUAAUACUAGGACAGAUUUAAGCCUCACUUUUAUUAUCUGCUAAAUCUCGACGCCGUCAUAUUCACCAGAGGACAUUCUUAGACAUGAGGGGGAACAAAUGUGUACAUGUUGCCAGUGUGCUGCAGGAUAAGCAGACUUGUGUCUCAGCAGAAUUUGCAUUAAAUGAACUUGUCCAUGCAUUCGUCUUCAAUGACUGGUAUGUUGUAACGGUGCGUUCACUGGUCUCUGUAAAACGUAAAUUAGAACGCUGCAGAUUGAGUCCCAGAAAGUGGAUCAUAUCACAAGUUCUGAGGUCUUUACACUGCUGAAACUCAGCAGCUUAACAUUGAGACUGAAUGAUUUUCUUCAUGCUGCCGUCU